AUGGUGGGGAUACAGAUUCCUAAGAAACGCCAUACCAUGAAACGCAAGGAGAUGUUCUUCAAGCGAAAUGGUGGAUUGUUGUUAGAGAAACAAUUGUCGUCAGGUGAAGUUAAUGUUGAGAAAAUCAAGCUAUUCAAAUCAAAGGAGUUGGAGAAGUCCACUGACAAUUUCAAUACUGAUAGAAUUCUUGGCCAGGGAGGCCAAGGUACUGUUUAUAAAGGCAUGCUGACUGAUGGAAGAAUUGUUGAUGUGAAAAAAUCUAAAAUAGUGGACGAAAGCCAACUUUCAGAUUUCAUCAAUGAGGUUGUCAUUCUUUCACAAAUCAACCACAGAAAUGUCGUUCAACUAUUGGGUUGUUGUUUGGAGACGGAGGUUCCCAUUUUGGUUUAUGAAUUUAUACCUAAUGGAAACCUUUCCCAGUAUAUCCAUGAACAGAAUGAGGAGUUCCCACUUACAUGGGAAGUUCGCUUACGAAUUGCCAUGGAAAUUGCAGGAGCUCUUUCGUACUUACAUGCUUCAGCUGCCUUUCCCAUUUAUCACAGAGACAUCAAGUCUACCAACAUACUCUUGGAUGCAAAAUACAGAGCAAAACUUGCUGACUUCGGAACUUCAAGAUCAAGGGCAAAACUAGAAAUUUUUCAGUGGGUGGGCUAG